AUCAAUCCGCCCCUUCUCUCUUCUCAAAUAGAGAACAGAAGGGAAAGAGAGAGUAUUGCAGAAGAGAGACAGACAGAAAAGAAACGAAAAGAAGCGAAAUCAACCCAGACAAAGGAAGAAAGAAAGAAGAAGAAGAAAGAAAGUGUGGACAACUGACAGGGCACGAGGAUCAAUCUGGCGAUAACUUUAUAUCUGCUUUCUUUCUUUUCUUUCUUCCGGUGACUUCGCCUCUUCGUCCUAUCCUAGCAGCGCCAAAUCAUUUUCUCUUCUCUUUCUCCCUCUCGCUUUUUCCAUUCUCUUUCAUCCUUCGGAUGUACUCCUCUUUCAGCCCACCCGCCGCCGACCCAAGAAGCGUUGAAGUUCUUCUUGCCUGCUUCAUAAAUGUCUUACGAUCGAGUUCUCCCCAAACCGCCCGCUUUACAUUAUGACUCUCAAGUCACCCUGGCUCGGCCGACUAGCAACCUCCUCGAGCACAAGAUCAUGAAUGACGACCUGACCAAGAUGUCUGUGAUGGAUCAUCGAAGAGAUGCUCCCGCCGUCGGAGCUCCCUGUCGCUAUGUGGCCGACGCGCUCCCACAGGUCCAUCUCUCCUCUCUCAACCGGGCCAAGAUCGCUUUGAACAAGAUCGCCUCCACCGCGCCCAUCGACCAUCCGAGGUCCACGGAGCCGGGAUUGGCCCCCCAGCUGGCCCUUCGAGAGCGCUCCUCGGUUUCGGAACGCUCCUCCUCCGCUAGCCCUACCAAGAGGGAGAGCGAAACCAAGUUCUGCCUGUGCCAGCCAGAUCCGAAGAUCCCCAGACCUCGAAAUGCCUUCAUCCUGUAUCGCCAACACUACCAAGCGGCAGUCGUGGCUUCGAACCCGGGACUCGCCAACCCCGAGGUCUCCAAGAUCAUUGGCAUCCAAUGGAGGAGUUUGCCCCAGGACACUAAGGAUGAGUGGAAGAAACUCGCCGAGGCUGAAAAAGCCCGCCAUCAACAGCAAUAUCCGGAGUACCGGUAUCAGCCGCGCCGGUAUGGACGAGAUGGCAGCUCUCGAGGCACGAGUUCGGGGAUCAGCCACAACCCCAACGGCUCGAGUGUCUGCAGUCGGUGUGGUGGCCGAGUGAUGAACCCGCCCGUCUCUCCGGACGCCAUCUUCACCCCAAAUGGGUCCACGAGCUCGAGCGCUUCCUCGGCGACUCCAGAGGCGGCCACGGUCCGUAAUUACCACUGCCGGACGACGGAUGCAGAGCGUGUCCCGCACCCGAUCAAGGUCGAGACGACGAAGGUGGAAACCAACGGCGGUCCUCAUGCGUCUCGACAACGCCAGUGGGAGGAGAACGGAGCUCGAUCCCCAGACUCGAAACGUCGGCGUUUCAACCCCCAACCCACUUUCAAAUCGAAUCCCCAUCGUGAAAGAAGCCCCGAGACUCCGUACCCGAUAUCCCCAUACACCCCACGCACGGACGUCCCGCCGAACUAUCGAGGCCCACAUCACACCUUUCAAAUGUGGCAGCCGCCUCGACCGCUGCGUAGUGCCCACUCAGGCCCACCGCAUGACCCCAGCCUCACGCUCCCUCCCCUGCAAACGACCGCGACGACUCCCAGCGCCAUGACCCCAGUCACCCCGUUUCCAAAAGAAGGGUCGAGCGUUGAGGCAACGGUGAUGACGAUCCCAUUUCUCAACAAGAUCAAGGUGAUCUCCAAGAUCGCACCCCCGUUGACCCCCUCAUUCCGGGAAGGGGCCGCUCAAAGACGGGGCGCCGUGAUCGCCGUGGAGGGACAAGAUUCCAAGCUGGUCAAUGCCAUGGUGGAACAUCUGAACCACGUCUUGCAGAAAGAAGGCAAAUAUCAAUCUCGCGUCUUCCCCGGACCCAAGGUGCCGACGGGGGAGAAAUACUCGGAGCCCAGCCAAGCCGGCCAUGGUACGGUGGACUACAUCCACACGAUCUCGGGCUGGAACACGGUAUCCAAGGACAUUGUACGCUUUGUCGCACCCGAGCUGCCGGAAGCGAAGUCGGUGGACGAGGAAUCCGCAACGCCCGGGAUGUCCCCCAAGACCAUCAUCCCCAAGACGGCCGAAAUGCAUAUCCGCUCGCCGUCCCAGUCGAGCGACAACGGGUCGGUAUCAGCGGGCUCCUCCUCAGGGGCAAGCACGUGUUUCGUUCCCGUCGCCCUCGUCCCUCAAUAUCAACUGACGACGGCGGAUUUCUUCGCCUGCUCGGUUCCCCUCAAUGACUCGUACGCGGUAUUGGACCACUGGCAGUGGAUGGCAUCCCUGUGGCGAGGAUGCGUGGGAGCCGACAUCACCGUCUAUAUCCGGGACUGCGAGAAAGAGGAGUUGGACCGGUACGGGGGAAACCCCGUGGAGGUGCGUCUCCAGGACGCACGAACUGUGGUGCUACGUCGAGCUGCAGGGUCCACGCGGGACCUUGACGAAAAGGCGCUGAAACGUGUUGGGUUCGAAAUUGAGUUUUUCCUCUCCCAGUGAUGGCUGGGUCUGUUCGAUAUUAUCCCUUUCUUGUCUCUAUUUGUGAACGUUUUUUUUAUUUUCUUUCUUUCCUUUCUUUCUUUUACAAUUAUUAUUUUUUUAUUUUAAUUUUUUUUUUCUUUCUCU